AUGUUCACUGCCGGCGCCCAAGUGCUCGAAAGCCAUGUAAAUCUGGUCAAUCGCCUGAAUGUGUUCCCGGUGCAGGACGGAGAUACCGGCAUUAAUAUGCUGCUCACCCUGCGGGACACGCUUGCCGAGGCGCGCUCAGCCGAAGGAGACGCUGCCGACGCGAUCGCGAAAAGCGAUGUGGGACGGGGCGUGCAUGGGGGCGAAGGGCAAUGGCGGUUCCAUAGUAUCCCAGCUCUUCAAAGAGCGCAUGCCUAUAAUGCCAUCGGCAAUCCGGUCGAAGGCACUAUGCUGACGGUGUUCACCUACGCAGCAGACGCCGCAGUGAAGAGCGCUGAAGUCGGCAGCGGUGCGGAUGAUAUGCUGACGAGCGUCAGCGAUGCGGCGCGGGAAGCCGUCAUAAUUACGCCCACUUUGCUGCCCAGACUUCAGGAGGCGGGCGUAGUCGAUUCGGGCGGCCUGGGGCUGUGGAUGAUUCUUGAAGGCGUUCGGCGCUGGGUGGCGGGCGAUGACACGAGCCCUGAUGAGUUGGACAUGCCGCUUCCCGAGGGCAUUGACGUGUCGGAGUCGGGCGUCUCGCUUGAGUUUCUUGACCUCACUGAAGACGAAGAGUACGGAAACUGCACACAAUUCGUCAUUCGAGGCGAGGGACUGGAUGUUGACGGUGUGCGGGUGGAGAUGAGCACUCGCGGCCGCUCUGCAGUCGUUAUUGGCGACGCGUCUCUCGUGAAAGUGCAUGUGCAUACCGAGGUUCCUGACGAGAUUUUGGAAUAUGCGCGCGCGUUGGGCAGCGUGAGCCGUGUCAGUGUGGAGAACAUGGACGAGCAGCGCGAACGGCUUGCUGCGAAGCAGCGCCAGCAGGCUGAGGACGCUCUCGCACAGGUCAUACCGAUUCCCGUCCUUGCGGUGGCGUGGGGCGACGGACUGGAGGCGGUAUUCCGACACGAAGGCGCUUCGGGUGUCGCCGCAAUUCUGGAGUUUCAGCCGUACAGGAGUCUUGACGAAAACUCAGCAGAAAUGGAAGACGUAAUUCAAGAUGUACGGACCGGCGAAAUCACGCGCGCCGCACGCUCCGUCACCCUGGAUGGUGUUACCGCAGAGGAAGGCCAACUCAUAGGGCUGUUCGAGCGGCAGAUGGUUGCGGCCGGCGAAGGACUCACGGAAACGACACUUUCCAUACUGAGAAGCGCCGAUGUCGGAGACGGCGACCUGGUUACUCUCUAUCGCGGCGACCCGAUAACCGAAGCAGAGGCGAACGAUGUCGUCGCAGAGGUGCAGUCGGCAUUCCCAUCGAUUGACUUGCAACACUAUUAUGGCGGGCAACCGUUCUAUCAUUUCAUACUUUCAAUCGAGUAG